GGCUUUACCGAGGGUCAAAGAAAUCCAUCCUAUCCAAACCCAGAGACAGCGCGAGUGGAAGCGAACUACACCCUCCCUCCCCUCCCCUCUCCUAUUCUCUAUUUGCUUCGCUUCUGUAAACAACUUCGCUUCUUUAUCUUUCUCUCUCUAUCUCUCAAUGGCUUCGACCAGUGCUUUAAGCUCACGGCUUUCCAACUUUCGCCGACUCACCGACUCCGAAGACCAUCUUUCUUUCCGUGACGUACUAAAUUCACGUCCAGCAUGCCCUUCAUUUGUAUCUUGGCCUGGUGUUAAAACUAGGAGGGCUCCCCGGUCGUCUCGUGUGUAUGGCUUAUUUGGAGGGAAAAAAGAUAACAAUGAAAAGGGUGAUGAUGCAGCUUCAAAGGCAGGAAUAUUUGGUAAUAUGCAAAAUCUUUAUGAAACGGUUAAAAAAGCUCAAAAUGUAGUACAAGUUGAAGCAGUGCGUGUGCAGAAAGAGCUUGCUGCGGCAGAGUUUGAUGGUUACUGUGAAGGUGAGAUAAUUAAGGUGACGCUUUCUGGUAACCAGCAACCUGUACGCACUGAGAUAACUGAGGCUGCUAUGGAACUAGGAGCAGAAAAACUUUCUCUUUUGGUCACUGAAGCGUACAAAGAUGCACACCAGAAGAGCGUUGUGGCCAUGAAGGAGAGAAUGAGCAACCUUGCCCAGAGUUUAGGAAUGCCUCCAGGCCUCGGUGAAUUGAAAUGAGUAGAGUGAAGGAUGUUUGGCACAUCUCGCUUGCCAUUCGUAUUUUGUAAUCUCUAAGUUCGAAUUCUUUUUUUCUUUUUGCUUAGAACCUCUGAAGUUCGAAUUCAAGGAAAAAUCGUUCCUUGUUUUAUAACAAUAGAUUCAAAAAAUUUAUUGAGACUGUUAUUGUUUGAACUUAAAAACGCCUGCCUUUUGAGAAUCUAUUGCGAGACUUGUAUAGGAAA